AGGAAAGCUGAAGAUCUCCAUGCCAUGGCUUAGUAUAAAAAAACAAGUCCCAGACAGCCAUGGCCACCCAAUUACAGCACUAUGUCCUUAAUGACAAAUUUCAUGAAGACAAUUCAAAAGACGAACGGGAUGCUCUCCGGAAGAUUGGUCUUGUAGCCCAACUUGCUGGUAAAGUGAAUAGCCAGGCUGCGGAGCAGUUCUUUAGCAAAUUAAAGAAAAAUAAUGACUUUCUAAAUAUGACCCUUCCAUCAACCCACGUCUUCCUCAUGAGAAGUAUCAUCCACCACCACAACAGCCAGAAGAACUUGAGAAGACUAGAGGCCUUCAAAAAGUUAUUUGGGACAGAAGUGGUGCUGAACGUCAACCACCAGGCUGUUCUUGCUGUUUCAGAGUCCUCUACUCAAUCUGGUGCAAAAGACGUUUGCCAAGUGACCAACCUUAGUGGCUCAAAGGCAACAGUGGAUUUGCCAGACUUUGAUGCCCCUGUUACAGGCAUGGAAACCUCUGCAGAUGUGAACAUGGAGGAAGUGGAUGAGGAUAUGAUUGGGGAGGAUGCAGAUGAGUAUUCAGCUCAACCUUGGAUGAAGCCUCAAAAUCUUCUACAAGACAAAUUCGUAGUUGUUCAUGUCUUCACUAUCAAUGCUAAAACAUACUGUCCACAGUAGCCUGUAUUGUAACAUCCACAAUUUGUGUUAACUAAAACAUCCAUUUUAAAAAGACAAGUUGCCUAUUUAAAAAACAAUAUGAAGCAUCUGUGACCCUGGA